AUUUCAUUGGAACUUUCUACGGUCAGGAAAGACUGAUGUUUCCUGCUUCUCUCGUCACUUGACAGACGCUUAUGGACAGCAAGAAAACACACAUAUUCAGUUUGAGGGUUUAGUGGCUCUUGUCCGAACCAAAACUGGCAAAAUGAUCGUUGUGUUGACAGUUUAAAUGCUGAAGAGCGAAAACUCCUCACUGGACCCACGGAAAUAGAUGAACACCGCAUCAGAAUACUGUAAGCAGCGACCUAGGAUGGGGAAGGGCCAGUUGUAUACUUGAAGUCUCAUCCUGAGGAGGACGCACUACUUUAUGACCUUGCAACUUUGAAUGCCGGCAGCCGCUAAGAUGGAGGAGCAACCCAGUCUCCCCAAUGUCAGCAUACCCUGCCACAACGAGCAGAGGGAAGGCAAGAGAAAGCGUUACACGGUUUACAAAGUGAUAGUCAAUGUUGGACAGCAGGAAUGGUUUGUCUUCAGGCGUUAUGCAGAGUUUGAUAAACUCUACAACACAUUAAGGAAACUGUUUCCUUCUAUGAACCUUAAAAUCCCUGCCAAGAGGAUAUUUGGGGACAAUUUUGAACCUGAGUUCAUCAAGCAAAGAAGAGCAGGGUUACAUGAGUUCAUCAAGCGAAUCGUCUCACAUCCUCAGCUUUGCAACAAUCCAGAUGUGAGGACCUUCCUACUGAUGGAUAAAAUGCAAAACUUUUCGGAUGCCUCAGAGGACGAAGACGACAAAAACAACUCUACCUCCAGAAACAUUAACCUGGGACCCUCUGGAAACCCACAUGCCAAGCCCACAGACUUUGACUUUCUAAAAGUCAUAGGGAAGGGGAGUUUUGGGAAGGUUUUUCUUGCAAAACGAAAACAUGAUGAAAAGUAUUAUGCAGUCAAGGUUUUACAGAAAAAGGUCAUUCUCAACAGAAAAGAGCAAAAACACAUCAUGGCAGAACGCAAUGUGUUGCUGAAGAAUGUGAAACACCCUUUCCUGGUCGGGCUUCAUUAUUCCUUCCAGACAACAGACAAGCUGUACUUCGUCUUGGAUUUUGUCAAUGGAGGAGAACUUUUCUUCCAUCUUCAAAAAGAGCGCACCUUUCCAGAGCCCAGAGCAAAAUUUUACAUUGCUGAAAUGGCCAGUGCACUGGGAUAUCUGCACUCUCUCAACAUUGUUUACAGAGACUUGAAGCCAGAAAACAUCCUCCUUGACCACGAAGGGCAUAUCAUUUUGACGGACUUUGGAUUGUGCAAGGAAGGCAUUUCCCAGACCGAUACAACUACUACAUUUUGUGGAACACCUGAGUACUUAGCUCCAGAAGUCCUGAGAAAGCAGCCAUAUGAUAAUACAGUGGACUGGUGGUGUCUGGGGUCAGUGCUGUAUGAAAUGCUCUUCGGCCUGCCGCCGUUCUACAGCAGAGACACUCAUGAAAUGUAUGACAACAUCCUCCACAAGCCGCUGGUGAUGCGUGCUGGUGCGUCCAGCACAGCCUGGUCUCUCCUCCAGGGCUUGCUGGAGAAAGACGGCAGAUACAGGCUGGGCUCUAGGGAUGACUUUAACGAGAUCAAAGUGCACAACUUCUUCUCAUCCAUUAACUGGGAUGACCUCGAACAGAAGAAGAUCCCUACCCCAUUUACGCCGAAUGUGAGCUCUUUCUGUGACAUCUCAAACUUCGAUCCUGAGUUCACAGAAGAGAUGGUCCCAAACUCCGUCUGCUGGUCUCAGGACCAUUCCAUAGUCAACGCCAGUGUAAUGGAGGCUGACGAUGCCUUUGUGGGCUUCUCUUACGCCCCAGCUUCCGAUGACUCUUUCCUAUGAAACAUUCCCGACCAGGUCUUGGAUUGCCUUAACAACCAUCAUAACUUCUUUUGACUAAAGGGAAGAAUUUAAAGCAUGGAUUAACUUGUUCUAUGAUGCCAAAGCAAGAAGCUGAGAAGAAACAGCACUUAAAGCAGAUUUUGGUGGGAACAAAGUGUGCCAGAAAGUUCUAUAUAUAUAUAUAUAAAACAGAUGAUAUUUUUUAAGAAUUAAGGACAGUCAUCCUCUGUUAAUGUUAUUUCUGGUGGUUUCUAAAACGAACCUUUAUAAAGCCUUAAAUUUGUCCCUUGAAUGAAAUCAAUAAGCAGUUUUCUGAAAGCUUGAACAAUUCACUGGACUUGAAAUCACACCAUUUGACUGUCAGAUGAAAGUGCGUUUGUCCAUGUAAUUACUGUAAAAUACAUUUGUAUGUAUCAUUCAUUUUAACUCAGCUGGAAAUAGGGAUUACUUGAGAGACCACUGAAUAAAGCGUAUUGGUUUAUAGGUCACAUUAAAAAAAGGUCUUCUGCUUCUUCAGUUGCCUUUCAGUUUGUCUUUAAAUAUUGAGUGCAUUUGUUUUUUGUUUUUUUAUUGGAUUGUUUCUGUUUAUUUUUUUGCUAUUCUUCGCCAUAACUCAUUUAUUCAUAACUAUAGAAAUUAGAAAUCCACAAUGCUUUGCUUUGCCUGGCAAUUAAAUAGGCUUUUUCUUAUGCACAGUAAUAAAAUAUUUUAAAAGAAAAGUA